UUUUGCCCAGCCAUUGAGUAAAUAUGAGGGAUGGGAUCUUUUACUCUUCCGUCUUCCGCAGGUUUCGAAUUUUAUUUUUCUUUUCGUUUUCCGUCUUCCGCUUUUUAAAAUUCGUUUGGCCCAUACAUGGUACAAAUAUUUAUUGUUAUGUUUUAAGGCCUUUUUCACUUUCUAUCAAAAAUAUUUUUUGUUAAAAAUUAAUUUUAUUUAUUAAUUAAUUAAAAAUUUAUCCAAUUUCAUUGGUAUUUUUAACCCAAAACCAAUAUAAUUUUACUCAAGGUUAUUUUUAAAUAUUUAUGCAUAUCUUUAAGGAAUUUUGCAUCAUUUAUUAAUUCAAAACUUGAUUUAUAUCCUCUCUCCUUUCCCGCUUUUUUUAAAAUUCUUUUAUUGUUUUCUCUCCUUUAUAAAAUAUUUUGCAACAUUUUCCUUUCAUUUUAAUUUUCGCUGCCUUUAGGCAUUUUGAAGAAAAAAAAAUUUUUUUCUAAAUUUGGAGGCCGUUUACAAAAAUAUGAAAAAUAAAUUGCUAUAAAACGAGUAAAACUGUUUAAUAUUUAAUUUAUUUUUCGAAAAUAAAAUUUUUGUUAAAAAUCCUCCCUAAAAAUGAAAAUCCCCCCUCUUCCCAGACCCUUUAUUUCCCUUAUUUUAAUUGUAUUUUUGUCGGAUUCAACUUUAGCCUGUAUUGGAAGUGCUGGAUUUCCGGGAAGUUCUCUAUUUCCUCAGCAAUAUCCGGCUGAUGAUGCUGCCGGUUCUUAUGUUGCCCCACCGAGUGAAUAUAAAACUGCACCUCCCCCAACACCUCCUCCUCCACCACCACCAAAAUCUUAUUAUCCAGUUGCCCCACCACCUCCUUCACAUUAUAAUUAUGCUCCACCAACAUUUACUUUGCAGACAUUACCCCCAUUUACUUUACCUAAAUUAGAAACGCUUCCUCCACCUCCUCCUUUGCCUCAACUUUUUUCAUAUUAUCCUGUUGCACCACCGCCACCACCUCCAAGCUAUGUGUUACCACAAUUCCAACUUCAAACCCUUCCACCACUACCACCACUUCAACCCUUCACACUACCACCAAUGCCGACAUUUGCACCUCCUCCUGAGUCUUAUUAUCCUGUUAAGCCUCCAAAAUAUUCAACAGGUCCAGACCAAUUCUCUUCAUUAUCUUCUCGACGUGAAAUCCCCCCGGUACAGACCUUUACAUUUGGAGGCUCCGAUUCUUCUCAUCUUCCACCACCACCCCCUCCCCCUUCCACUAAUUUUGAAAGGCCAAUGCCUCAGCAAAUUGGACAACCAAAUAAUGUGCCCCAACCAUCCCAACAAAAUUUUAAUCAACAAAAUUUACAUCAAUCUAAUAUACAAUCUCAGGGUUUACCUCAACAAGCAAAUAUUAGAAACAAUAUGCCACAACACCCUAUGCCUCCAGCAUACAAUCCAGCCUUCAAAGUAAAUCAAGCCGAAUCAGAGGAAGAAAAUCAGCAACAACCAGCAGAACCUCGCAACCCUAACUCUGCUAGAGAACAACCCCCAUUUGAAACAUCAAAUGGAUUUAAUGAACAAAAUAGGCAAAAUGAAAAGCAACAGAAAGAAAAAAUGAAACAAGAAAGAGGAAGGAAUGUAAACAAUAAUGUUGCUUCUUCAAGUGGUUAUUCUGAUGAUAAUUUGAUUAAUACAGCCCUUGAUAAUAGGUGA